GGUCUCGUUUGUGUUUUCCUUCGACGAGUAGUGUGUUUAAAUUUCGAAUAAUAAACAAAAGCGAAUAAAUUGCAAACAUGAGUAAUUCAACUAUUUCGGAUCAAUCGCUCAUGGAUAAGUCCAUGCGGAGUGUUUUCGUCGGGAAUAUCCCGUACGAAGCUACAGAAGAGAAUUUAAAGGAUAUUUUCAGCGAAGUUGGACCAGUACUUUCUUUCAAAUUAGUGUUUGACCGAGAAACAGGCAAGCCCAAGGGCUAUGGCUUUUGUGAGUACAAAGAUCAAGAAACUGCUCUUAGUGCUAUGAGAAAUUUGAAUGGUUAUGAAAUCGGCGGAAGAACAUUACGUGUUGACAAUGCUUGUACAGAAAAAAGUCGGAUGGAAAUGCAGAGCCUUUUGCAAGGGCAAAAUACUGAAAAUCCUUAUGGCGAGGCAGUACAAGCCGAUAAAGCACCGGAGGCUAUAAGUAAAGCUGUUGCGUCGCUGCCGCCUGAGCAAAUGUUCGAACUAAUGAAGCAAAUGAAACUCUGUGUACAAAAUAAUCCAAACGAGGCGCGUCAAAUGCUGCUCCAAAAUCCUCAGCUGGCCUAUGCCUUGCUGCAAGCACAGGUAGUGAUGCGAAUAGUAGAUCCACACACAGCAGUUAAUAUGUUACAUAAAGCAAAUCCAAUCCCAAGUGUAUUGACACCUACCGAUAAACCACCUGUACAUCCAAUCGUACCACGGAUUGAAGAACCAUGGGCUCCAGCACGACCAGCACCAGUUACCAAUCCUCCAGCACCCAUCUUUGCCGGACAAGAUGUCGAUCUACGUACAUUAGAUAGACAAAUGGAUCCACGUUUAGCUAGAAUGGAUCAAGAUCUAAGAGGACCACAACAAGUACAACCAACACCCGUUAGCGCGCCUCCGGUCGUAUCCACCAACACUGAUCCCAGGGGACUGAGCACGUUUAGUAUCGCCGAUAACGCUCUUCCUGUUGAAGGAGUUGAGAGCUUUUGUCGUGAUCCAAGAACAGAUAGAUUUGUCAGAGAUCCAAGAGAUCCUAGAGAUCCAAGGAUGCCCAUUGAUCCGAGAAUUACAAAAGCUAAUCCACCAGUGCCAGUUGCACCGCCAGUGGUGCCCAGACCCGUUGCUGCACCUAUUGUUCAACCUACAAACGUUGUCGCUGCUAGUGUUACAGUUCCCGCACCUACACUUCCGGUAUCUACAACGUCCGCAACCUCGAGACUGAUGGCAGGUAUGUCAUCAGCAGGUAAUAUACCCAGUGGGGCAUCGGAUCAGGAGAAGGCUGCAUUGAUAAUGCAAGUAUUACAAUUAUCAGAUGAACAAAUUGCUAUGUUACCGCCCGAACAAAGACAAAGCAUUUUAGUACUUAAAGAACAAAUCGCGAAAAGUACACAACGUUAACGUAUAAUGAUCUCUUUUUU